AUGCUGCCAUCUACUGGUCUCCAUUUCUCGCGACACACUCGUCUGCUCUUGAGGAAUCCGAUCUACAGUCAACGCCGUCAUAAACAUCUAUCGACCCUCACCACCAAAUUCGAAUCGUUGACAGCUCAAAACCCCCGAUCUCGUCUCUCUCCUGCCCAAACCCCGUCAAACUUGCAGAUCCACACCGCGGCAGUCCGGUCUCCUGAACUCGAUGUGAAGACCCCUAACCCGGCAACCCAUUACAUUCCACCCCAGACCGGUCUAGUCGCCUCGUUGCCUUCGUCAUGGAUUCCGUAUGCCGAAUUGGUCCGUCUGGAUAAACCCACCGGCACAUAUUAUCUCUUUUUCCCGACUCUUUUCUCCACCCUCCUGGCCGCCCCAAUGGCCGCCCACGUCACUCCAAUGCAGUUACUUAGCACAGCCGGGCUUUUUUUCACCGGGGCCUUGAUCAUGCGUGGUGCAGGAUGUGCCAUUAAUGACCUGUGGGAUCGAAAUCUUGAUCCACAUGUAGAACGCACCAAAUUCCGUCCCAUCGCCCGAGGGGCACUCUCCCCAUCCAAAGCUGUACUUUUUACAGGCAGUCAAUUAUUGGCCGGACUGGGAGUCCUUCUUCAAUUCCCGACCCAGUGCCUCUGGUAUGCGAUACCCAGUUUACCAAUUGUGGUGGCAUAUCCUUUAGCGAAACGGAUUACCAACUACCCUCAGUUGGUGUUGGGGUUCGCCUUCUCAUGGGGCGCAAUUAUGGGGUUUCCAGCUCUGGGGGUGGAUCUAUUGGGAAACCAUGAUGCUCUCCUAGCUGCAGGGGCUCUCUAUUCUAGUUGUAUUGCGUGGACGGUUCUGUAUGAUAUGAUCUAUGCGCAUAUGGACAUCAAGGAUGAUGUGGCGGCAGGCAUCAAGUCAAUCGCCUUGCGUCAUGAACAUAACACCAAGGCCGUUUUGACGGGUCUGGCGGUGGCCCAGGUAGGCCUUCUAGGUGCUGCAGGAGUUGCCGCAGGUUGUGGUCCUGUCUUUUUUGUAGGCAGCUGCGGCAGUGCCCUUCUUUCCUUAGGCCUCAUGAUUUGGAAGGUUCAGCUGAAGAAUGUCUCGAACUGCUGGUGGUGGUUCAAGAACGGGUGUUUGCUGACCGGUGGAGGAAUCACAGUAGGCCUCCUCGGUGAGUAUACCGCACAAUAUCUGAAUUUGUACGAUAGUACUGGUCAGUCCAAAUCGGAGUCGACACAAUGA